UGUGGAGAAAUCAAAACUCAGCUACGGAUGUUUGUUUAUUCCAGCGCCUGAAUUAAAAAACAUAAUUCUUCUGAAAACGGUUAGCAGUUUCAGCCAUGAUGAUGCAGCUUUAAAUAUCACCUCUUCAAUCGUCAACCAGCUUGACCUGCUAGCUGGUAAACUGCAGUCCAAUUGGAAAACUUCGGAGCCUAAAAAUAUAAUCAAAGUUGACUUGUUAAUGUGUCUGCCCAAAGAUAAAAAAAGCGGCGAUAAAAACAAUGCUUUUAAGCACGUUUUGUCAAAUGAGCUGAAAUGUGCGCAUUAUUAUCAGAAUUUCUUCAAAAUUGAAACAACGUUCGGCAAUGAAUCAAAUAUGAUUGCAAAAGUUGAAAAUCUGAGCAAUACCAAAAUCAGAAAUGGAAGCGAAAUGAAUUGUUUAAUUGAUUUAUUCUUGACGCUAAAUACCCAUUAUGAAGUAAUUUACACUUUAACAGACGAAAACUUUAGAAAUCUCAGUUUUGAAAGCUGUUCAUUUGAAAACGUCGAAAGAGUGAAAUAUUUAUUUGACUUUUACUUUCCAGAGUGUGGUGAAAAACUGAUUACAGUUCCGGAUAUUAACCGAAUCUUUGACAACAUCCUGUACCACACAAACAGUGAAGGCCGUCUGGGACACCUAAGCGAAUACGCCACAUAUUACGGAGAGGUGAAACUUUUCGUGGAGCUUUUGUUGUCAAAACUGGAAAACCCUGCUGGAAUUUUGCUGAAAGGGUUCACUCAGAACCAUUUCGCUUCUUUACUGAGUUCCUCGUCUAUUGAAAUUUCAGCCUUUGAAAUUGAUUGGCUGUACCUGACCGACAAUGUGGUCAUGCCGAUCGAAGUUGGCCUCUCUGAUAACCCCCAAAAACCUGUUCAAGCAAUCGUGAACAAAAUCACCCAAUGUCUGAUCAAAAUUAUUCCCCAGUUCCAAUUAAUUUUCUACUCGUAUUUGACAAAGUUUAACCAAAUAAACGAGGAUGAGUCAUCAAGAACAUUUUCUGAAGUUAUUCAAAACUUUCUCAAAAUUGUCGUUUUCCUUCCGAAUGUGUCAUUUUUUGCGUUCUGUGUCGCUUUAAAGCUUAUUAAGGAUGCAGUGCAAAACGUUGUUAGAAAAGCUAAUCCUGCCAUAUCAAACGGAUUUUCAUUGCUGAUUCAGAAUUAUGGAUUUCAAUUAAAGGAUUUAACUUUCAUAGUUUUGGAUGAUUCGUCAAAAAAUUUGAGAUUGAUCAAAAUUGACAAACAUUUGAACGUGCUGGACGUUCAUUAUUCGAUUCACGAAUUGUUCCAACCUAUUUCUGAGGAAAGCUGCAGUUUUCUGGGAUACUUAAGAGCUUUAUUGUCGCUGGCAAGUUUGACGGCUGUUGAAGACUUAACAUCUGGAAGACGCGAAGACACGCCCAUAGAUGUGGACGAGAGAUAUCGCAAAUUUUUCUCGUUGUGGCGAAAGAAGCACGAAACGGAUCUGUCGUCUCGCAACUUUAUUCUCAGUCCGCAACAACAUCGUUUGCUGGCCGAAACACAAAAAACUCACUUGUUCAUUACUGGUCAACCGGGGACUGGAAAGACUGCGCUUUUACUGGCCAAGUGUGAACAAAUGGCGUUGAAGGAAGAUGUAGAUUCAGUUUUUAUUGUUUUCAAUGAGUCGGACAGUAUUCUGCGACGAUCUAUUGACGCAUACAUUGAAACACAGGCGAGUGAAGAGCUCAGAAGCAAAAAAGAAGUCAUCCAAAGAUACGAAAGAGAGAUAGAACACAUUCGAAAGAGCAGCAAGUUUACGACUGAAGAGCGGACUGUCGUUGUUAUAGAUGAACUGUACGACAACAGAAACAUAGUUGAUGACUUUCUCAACUUCAAGUGCUGCUGGGUUGCUGCCGUGGAAGCUGGACAGAUGGUGGGUACCGCCGGCUCUCUCCUCGGUUCUGAUCCAUUCUGGUUGGCUGAGAGAGGGGGAAAGCAAGUGUUCGAGCAUGAGAACCUCAACAUUCUCUUUCGCAGCUCACAUCACAUCAGCUCAGUCUCAAACUGCUUCAUCGAGCGACAAUUGCAGACGUUUCCAGCCUCUGUUCGCAUUCCUGGCUGCUUCUCAUCCUCAGAAAACCACACCAAAAUUAAGUAUUUCAUCGAUUGGAACGAUCCCGCGUUGUGUGACAUCUCCUUUUUGUCAGAAGCAAUGACAAGAAGGUUUUUGUUUAUAAUAACGGACCAAAGUGAUAUUGCAUCACGAGUCGAGAUGUUAGUGUCCGCUUGGAAUCCUACAGACUAUUUCGUAAUCGAUGACUUUGAAGAAGGAGAAAACUACAGUUUUUCGGGUUCUGAUUUUUUUUCGGUUUUGGCGGUUAUUGAUUUGCAAGAUUUCAAAUACGAGUACUUAUAUGAUAUCAACAUGGCAGUCACUCGCGGACAGUAUGAACUGGGGUUUUUACUAAAUAGCGCUCUAAGAAACAACCUUGAUUUGAUGAAUUACAUCACAAAAUAUAAAACCAGUUACGCGCAAGCUUUCGAAGAUUUUAUCGAAGGGCGAGUUUUAACUUCGGAUUGGCUAAUUCCAACAGAUCUGGACAGGUUCCAGUUUAUCUGGUGGCAAAGGAAAAUUGAAGAAUCACCAUCUGAAGACAGAAAAAGAUAUCACGAGCUGUUCAAAAACCAGAGUCCAGAAAUCUGUCUUCAGAUGGCAAUAGCGUUUCCCGGAGAAAAUGGUUUCGCAGAUUCAGUCGAUGCUGUUCUUCAAAGCGCACAUAACGCAUGUUCUUCAGAUGAAAGUUUGGACUCAAAAUUCGAUUGGGUUUGCAAACUAGGAGAAAGGGUUCUGCGUGACGAUAAAAGCAAUUCUCUAAGUGCUGGCAGCUUGCAUUUGCUCUACUUGUCAAUCUGUUCUGGGAACGUUGACGCAUUUAAAUCAGUCAUAACUUUCUUGGAAAAACACAAUAUUCUGGGAAAUGAACUGAAGCAUCUUUUACCGAAUGCUUCAAUUUUGGAUGUUGCGCUGCGAGAGCUUGAUGAACAGGAAGAUAAAUUAGCUUACAACAGGGCUGCCUCUUUUUUACAUAAAUUUAAUUUUGAACAACGGCAACAGUGCAUUUGGAAUUACUUUUUAUAGAGAAAAAAACAUAUAAAUUUGUCAUAUUGAAAUAAUCCUUACAGAUACUUUACUAAAGAAGUCGCAACCUAUAAAAUUUGAGCAGCCACGUUUAAUGAGUGUUUGAACUUUUUUUAAUUUGAACAAACGAUUUCUUCAUUGCGAAUUUUA